AUGAAUCUCGACUUGAACAUCGUGGACGUGUUGAUGUACACGGCUUGCACGCUCUUGCAGAUAUUUUACUACAGUUGGUACGGGAACGAGGUUAAGCUGAAGAGUCUCGAAGUGCCUGGCAUUGUAUUUGAAAGUGAUUGGAUGUUUCUGAGCAACAGCUCGAAAAAGUCAUUACUGAUUAUCAUGCAACGAGCAAGCGUGCCCAUAGAGUUCACCUGUGUCCACUUACUGUCUAUGAACCUCGACUCUUUCAAGGCGUUGCUGAAAACUUCAUACUCGGCGUUCAAUUUGCUUCAACAAACCCGAUAA